AUGGACGCCAUCGCUGUCAGGUGCUCUGCUCCCAACCCAUCGCUGUCAGGUGCUCUGCUCCCAACCCAUCGCUGUCAGGUGCUCUGCUCCCAACCCAUCGCUGUCAGGUGCUCUGCUCCCAACCCAUCGCUGUCAGGUGCUCUCCUCCCACCCAUCGCUGUCAGGUGCUCUGCUCCCAACCCAUCGCUGUCAGGUGCUCUGCUCCCAACCCAUCGCUGUCAGGUGCUCUGCUCCCAACCCAUCGCUGUCAGGUGCUCUGCUCCCAACCCAUCGCUGUCAGGUGCUCUGCUCCCAACCCAUCGCUGUCAGGUGCUCUGCUCCCAACCCAUCGCUGUCAGGUGCUCUGCUCCCAACCCAUCGCUGUCAGGUGCUCUGCUCCCAACCCAUCGCUGUCAGGUGCUCUGCUCCCAACCCAUCGCUGUCAGGUGCUCUGCUCCCAACCCAUCGCUGUCAGGUGCUCUGCUCCCAACCCAUCGCUGUCAGGUGCUCUGCUCCCAACCCAUCGCUGUCAGGUGCUCUGCUCCCAACCCAUCGCUGUCAGGUGCUCUGCUCCCAACCCAUCGAUGUCAGGUGCUCUGCUCCCACCCAUCGCUGUCAGGUGCUCUGCUCCCAACCCAUCGCUGUCAGGUGCUCUGCUCCCAACCCAUCGCUGUCAGGUGCUCUGCUCCCAACCCAUCGCUGUCAGGUGCUCUGCUCCCAACCCAUCGCUGUCAGGUGCUCUGCUCCCAACCCAUCGCUGUCAGGUGCUCUGCUCCCAACCCAUCGCUGUCAGGUGCUCUGCUCCCAACCCAUCGCUGUCAGGUGCUCUGCUCCCAACCCAUCGCUGUCAGGUGCUCUGCUCCCAACCCAUCGCUGUCAGGUGCUCUGCUCCCAACCCAUCGAUGUCAGGUGCUCUGCUCCCACCCAUCGCUGUCAGGUGCUCUGCUCCCAACCCAUCGCUGUCAGGUGCUCUGCUCCCAACCCAUCGCUGUCAGGUGCUCUGCUCCCAACCCAUCGCUGUCAGGUGCUCUGCUCCCAACCCAUCGAUGUCAGGUGCUCUGCUCCCACCCAUCGCUGUCAGGUGCUCUGCUCCCAACCCAUCGCUGUCAGGUGCUCUGCUCCCAACCCAUCGCUGUCAGGUGCUCUGCUCCCAACCCAUCGCUGUCAGGUGCUCUGCUCCCAACCCAUCGCUGUCAGGUGCUCUGCUCCCAACCCAUCGCUGUCAGGUGCUCUGCUCCCAACCCAUCGCUGUCAGGUGCUCUGCUCCCAACCCAUCGCUGUCAGGUGCUCUGCUCCCAACCCAUCGCUGUCAGGUGCUCUGCUCCCAACCCAUCGCUGUCAGGUGCUCUGCUCCCAACCCAUCGCUGUCAGGUGCUCUGCUCCCAACCCAUCGAUGUCAGGUGCUCUGCUCCCAACCCAUCGCUGUCAGGUGCUCUGCUCCCAACCCAUCGCUGUCAGGUGCUCUGCUCCCAACCCAUCGCUGUCAGGUGCUCUGCUCCCAACCCAUCGCUGUCAGGUGCUCUGCUCCCAACCCAUCGCUGUCAGGUGCUCUGCUCCCAACCCAUCGCUGUCAGGUGCUCUGCUCCCAACCCAUCGCUGUCAGGUGCUCUGCUUAGUGGGAAUAUACGCGUUUUGCGUAUAUAA